AGAGAGAGAGUGAGUGAGAGAGUGAUCGACAUAGUUUUAUCUGUGAAGCUUGUUCGAGAGCAAAGAUGGGUCAGAAAUCCAAAUCAACAAAGGUUCCCAAAGCGAUGGCCACCAUGCCUGAAAACUUGAAUCCUUCCAUGGAGAUAGUUGCACCACAGCUAAAAAUGCAAAGCUUAUCCUCAAGGAAAAAGGCACGUGCUAUCACCAGGCGAUCUGAACGCCUUCGUAAUUUAGCCCCACCUGCUCAAAACCAGGAAAUAGAGUCUAUGGUCGUGGAGGAGAUAAAUCUUUGUGAAAGUGAGAAAGAAGAUGAGCCACAUGUCGAGGAAAAUCCUCCCAACUCGAUGCCGGCUCAGCAGAGAUUGGAAGAGAAAAUUAAUUACCUUGUUCAAGCCAUAAAAGAACUGAAGUCCAAGGCUGCUGAGAGACACUUCCGAGGUGACAGCCCUGCCGUGGAUCAUAAAUACAAAAGCCUAUAUUUUGAUUUGCAGCAGAAGAUUGAAGCCUUAACUAAAGAAAAUCAAGAGCUUUCUAAGAAGUUGGAUGUUGCACUUGGGAAAAUUGAAGUGUAUGAGGAAACAAGGCGUGCUAGUUCAGAUGUACUGGAAAAAUUCAAGGAUGUUAUCUUGAUCUCAAAUCUGGCAAAAGCUACUGAAACUGCAAUGAAUCUAUCAUCUCAAGCAAUACUUGCUGGAUUUUCCUCUCCACGUGUAGCUGAUGAACCAAACGCUGCUGUUGAACUUCAGGCUUCAGCUAAGAGAAAGAAACAGUCCAAAGGAAAUGAAGAUAACUGAAAUUGUAUGGCAUAUGAUAAUUGGUAAGAAAUGUAUGUAUGCUAAUCUAUGUGUGCUUUGUUUCUUGUUAGCAUACCUGUUGUGUCUAGUAUGGGAAUUGCCUAUUAGCUUUUUGAAAACUUGCAGGUGAACUUUUCUGUAUGAGUUUCGUUCAAUAUAUUAUGUUUACCCAUAAUACAUUGCUGAUCAAAAUAUGUUUACCCAUAUUGCAUGUGAA